CCAGCUAGAGCAGUCUUUUCCUGAGAACAACCGAGAUGACCGUUGCUCCGUUCAGUCGCAGACAGUGGGCCUCCCAGUCCCUCAGAGUCACAGCUGCGGAAUUGUCCAUAGUUGGCACCAGAGGAAAGAACAAUGCCAUCGCUGAGCGCUUCUCGAAGUACCAACUGGCUGCAGAGGAAGCCAACCUGGAGAGGAAGAAAGCCGUAAGUACCCAGUCAAGGUUGAAGAGACUAAUAUCUAACAAAGCUAGAGAUAUUGGGAUGAACCUAUUUCUCUCUCAGGCCUAAACACGCACAGCCAUGCCUGUCCACAUAUUGCACUUGGAGGAUACACUAGUAAAGCUUUAAUCCGUCUUCAGAGACGUUAUCUACCUUCAGAUUAAACCUCCGUUGCUCCCAGUACCUCGCAUCACUUCCUCGCUUCUGUUACAGACCUGAUCAAUUAACACUGGGUGGUCACGCACUUCACAGGCAUGAAGGACUACAAUGUAAUGCCAGAUCCCACCUGGGCAAUACAGACACACUUCCUGGAGGUCUGUUGGCUGGGCCCGGGAAUGUCACCUGAGGGGAUAUAAACAGACAGCAGGGAAUUUAGUUAUUUUCAUUAAGCUUUUUCAAUCCCAGGUAUGUGUCUGAGUCUGGAAUAAGUCGACUGUCAGCUGUUGUAUUGUAUUGUGAGCAAGGCUUUCAAGGCAUUUAGCGGGAUUUUUUGUUGUUGUUGCUGCUACAAUUAUGUACAUUGUCACUGUUAGCAGGAGAACUUAACAUAAGAAAAUCUGUCAGUCUUCACAGUUUGUGUGUGGGUGUGUGUGUGUGUGUGGGGGGGAGGGGGGGGGGCAUGCUGCUGGUCUCUAUCCUCAAAUGGUUCAUUUCUCCAAAAAUGACAAUUUCCUGCUCUCUCGUUUUUGGGAUUUUCCCCUUCUUUCAAUUGACCUUUUCGGUUUUUUUUUCUCUCUCUUACUCAUCCUCUUUCUUUUCUUUAUCUCUUUCUAUGUUCCCCCCUCUCUCUUCCACUGUUACUCUAUUUCUCUCCCUCCUUCCCUCUCUGUGUUUCUCUCACACUCUCUCCUGGCAUAGAGGGGUGGGCAAGCUAGCUCCUUCAUGCAGAUCUUUUCUCAAAGCUCACAUCUGGGAGAGCUUUUAUCAUUUCCACCCAACAGACACAGCGCCAACCGGAUCUCCAGGUUACCGGGCUUUCCAAGGCUGCGGAGCCGUCGCCACAGACUUUCCGCAGUUGCAACCUGAGUGUGUUGAAGAAGCUUUGGGAGCAGCCUGUCCAGUCAGCCACACCUUGUGCCACGCUACCCCACACUCGCCGCUUACUCCCCUCAGAUCCUAACGCCAAGCACCAGACCCAGGCACCUCUCUCACCAGACCCCAACACCAGUCCCACAGCCGUAGAGGACCAGGCAGGACCAGGUAUGGAGAGGAGACAGCAGCAGAGAGACCGAGAGAGGCAGGAGGGAGGAGCAGCAGGAGUGCCUUGCAUCCCCAGUGAGAAGCCCGACAUACCCCUCAACAACCUCAAGAUGAUGUUCGAGAAAGGAGAGAACCUUCAGAACAAAGUGUCCAGAGAGCCGGUGAGGAUUGGAGGGACCGGAGGCAUCACUGACAACAUGGAUCAGCUACUUGGAGAUUCAGGGAGCAUAGAGUCCAUGCCCCUGAGGGACAGGAUGGCCAUGUACCAGGCUGCUGUGUCUAAAACAGAGGUGUUAUCCUCCUCAGUCAGCAGUGAUCAGCUGGACUCUGACCUCUGCAGCAAACAGAAGGAGAAUGUACCCCCAGGCAGUGUGGACACGGGUCCGGACUCAGAGCCCAACAGUAGGAAAGCAUCUUCCACAGAGAGCAAUGCAGGCUCCAGUACCGGCACCUUCUCUGCAUCCCCGACUCAGAAGGACCAAGCUCAGCCCAAGACCUCCAGGAGCUUCUGCUUGCCUGCACGGGAGAGUUGUGUGUCAUGUCAGAAGACAGUCUACCCUUUAGAGCGUCUGGUAGCCAACCAAAAGGUCUACCACAACACCUGUUUCAGAUGCUCCCACUGCAACACCAAACUCAGCCUGGGGACCUACGCCUCUCUGCACAGCCACGUCUACUGCAAGCCUCACUUCUGCCAGCUGUUCAAGGCCAAGGGCAACUACGACGAGGGCUUCGGCCUGCGCCCUCACAAGGAGCUGUGGGAGACCAAAGGAGAGAGUGGGGCUGGGGAGGAAUCCAGGACAGAGCUGACUACCAAGGCCACCUCCUUUUCCAAAGACAAGCUGAAGAAGUGCGCCUCUACUGGCACGCUGUUGAUCAGCCCAGCAGUAGAGGAGUCUCCACUGGCCAAGGUCAACGUGGUGAUGGCCUCCCUGGAGACCCGCGCCCAGAGCUCAGCAGAGAAGGACAAGCCAGUGGAGACACGUCGGCUGAAGAUCUCCUGGCCCCCCCGCACUGAAGGAGACGGAGAGGGGGGUAACACUGGGGACAGUCCCACCUCAGACGGGAGCUCCGCUGGGAAACAAUCCCGUGCUAAGUGGCCCCCAGAGGAUGACUCAGCCUCCUCCGACCAGAGCCCAGAGCCCACCGUACGCUCCACCCUCUGCAGGAGCGCCUCCCUCAAGGAGCGUAGCCGACCCUUCUCAUUGGCCAUGGCCUCCCAUGCUCCCGCUCCUGCUGCCAGUCAGACAGCCAAUCCUGAGCCACUGGAGAGGAGAAGCUCAUUCGAGGACAGGGAGCCUGAACUGGCCUGUAGCCCUGAGGAACAAGGCAUGGAGGACCAGGAACAACCAAACAGCCUGUCACCCGGCUACCACACGCCUUCUGACGACAGCUACGUGGACAUCCACGACAGCUCUGAGGACGAGGGGAUGGAGGGGAGAGUCGCACGUCUGAAAGACCACCACGAAUUACUAGAAGCAGACCAUGAACAGGGAGCAAAGAAUGACGGGGAGGAAGAGGAAAAGCUGGAGGGAGAAGAAGAAGAGGGAGCAGGAAAAGAGGGGGAAGGGUUACCUUCUCAAAACUGCCAGACUGCCUCGUCAGAGAUUGCCGCGCCACCCUCGUCUCUGGAGACUGAGCCGAGGUCCAAGACCACGUCUCAGGAUGUGGGCUUCUGGAAGGGCGAGGAGGCUGUGUCUGUAGAGGAGAUGAUUAAGAGGAACCGCUACUAUGAGGAAGAUGAGGACGAGGAGGACUGAAAGAGACUGAACUGGUGUUUAUCAUGCCAUGAAAACGAUCAGCCAUUAUCACCACACUGACUGUUAACUUCCUCCCCUCUCUUCAUUUCCCUGUUACUAAGGAACAGUGUCUGGCUGCGUUUGGUGCCAUGUCAGGUGUUAUACUCUGUCUGAGCUCUAUUUGUGCCUCUGAACUAAUCACCUCAAUUGGAGUGAUCAAGUCCUCAGAAUAUCUACAUUGUUAGUUUUCCAUAAUAUAGAUUUAUUGAAGCACAGUCUUAUGUUUGUGUAUCAUUCAACGCUAAUUUUAAGAUAUUCCAUGAUCUGAAACGACCUAUUGUGGGUCAUUUAUUUCUGUCCAUUCUACCUUAGUCUGUAUGAUGGCACAGUAAAAAACAAACGAAUGCUGAUGAUACCAACUGAACCCAGUGAAUGAGACAUAUGAGUCUGUAUUUAGAGAGUCCGAUGAAUGUUUUUAAGGUGGAUUGUUUGAUCAGAACCGCAGGAGAGCUCAGCUGAAAGGACAGGAUCGGUUUUCACCAUAUUCAUUCUGCUUGUUAUCAUUGUUUGUAUGAAUUAAAAAAAGGAUGCACACAAAAUA